AUGUAUCUGUUGUGUUUCAGCAAAGAUCACGUAAAGCCAAAUUUGCAUAAUUGUAAUGGUGAUGUCCGCGUACCCGUUUGCCCGAUAUGCAAUAAGCCUGUGCCUACCCCAAAAGGAAUGUUGCCGGACAUCGCGGUCAGUAAUCACAUCGAUCGCGAUUGCCGGUUUCAGAAGACGUGUAGCGAAAACAUUUAUGUAAAUAAAUGUUCCGUUGAAAACUGUAGGAAAAAAGAAGUAUUAUUUAAGAACGCUGCUUUUCUGUGGUAUUUGAACACUUGCAAUGUUAGAUGCAUAUCGCGUGAUUUUAUUCGCUGGUGCAAUUUCAUGCUCACCAGGGAUACCCGCAGUUUAAUCAUUGUUCCUGACGAGCAAGAGAUUCCGAUUGCAAUUACAAUGAUGCGAUGUACACUGGCUUUGCACGAAUUCAAAUAUCCUGGGACUGUGGUCUGCGUAAACUGCCUCUUAAUGUUACUAGAGGCAGGGGCUGUGCAAUACGCCUGA